AUGAAGUUCACCUCUGCCAUCGUUGCCCUUGUGGCCACCGCCUCCAUGGCCAUCGCUGCCCCUGCCGAGAACAACAACCAGGCUGCUCAGUGGACCUGCCCCAACGGCUGGAAAUACUGCGGUGAAUGCAACGGCACCUCAUGCAAGAUCGCGGGUUACAACUAUGACUGCAACGACUCCACGAGCUGUGUCGGUACUGGUGGCGGCGACGGCACCAUCUGUGGUAGCGAUGCGUUCGGCGCCCAGGUCUGCCCUGUCAGCAAAUAA